AUGGAGCAUAUUGAGUUUCUUAAUCCUAAUAAUAGGUACAAAUGUCUAAAAUGUGGUGAUGAAUUUCAAAACUCUAAUGGCAUUAAGCACUACAAUUCCGACCGGCAUCGGAAAUGGCACCAUGUUUGUUCUAAAUGCUAUAAUGCAUUUGCAAGAAAGAUUAACUUGCUAGAGCAUCGUUCCAAAAAUAUUCAUGGUAUCAAUGUUGCCGAUGAGGAGGAGGAGGAAGCGGAAGAGGAAGAUGAUGAGGGUGGUAAUGAGGUUGAGGAUGAUGAUGGCAAUGAGGGUGGUAAUGAGGUUGAGGUUGAGGAUGAUUCUGAUGUUGAUGAAGGUGGUGAAAAUGCUGAGCAUGGUGAUGAGGAGGAGGCUGACGGUGGUGAAAAUGGAGAGGAUGAUGAUGGCAAUGAAGUUGGGUAG